AUGACGACUAAUCUCCCAACCAAGGACCAGUUCCUCGCCACCGGCUUCACCGUCCUAACCCCCAGCGCCGUCCCACCAGACGACCGCAAAUGCAGCAUCUGCCUGAACGUCUACGGCAGCGGCGGCAGCAGCGAGCCGCCCAUCCAGCUGCAAGUCUGCAACCACAUCUUCGGGCGCGAAUGCAUCGAAGGCUGGGCCAGCGAGGGCGGAAACAGCUGUCCUAUAUGCCGGGCCGUUCUUUUCGAAGCCGAGGAGGUGCCGGACGACGAGGAGCUGGCAUACCACCUGUUCAGCCACCCACCGCGCAUCGACGCGGUCAACUCUGCGCAGCGCGUUGCAGGCCAGCGCGACGAGCGCUUCUACGCCGUCAAUGACGCGGGGGAGACGCUGUCCUCGGCUCAUGCGUUUUACAUGUGGACGCUGGGGCUCAUUGCUCGGGUCCGCCAUGAGGCGGAGGAUAGGGCGAUGCGCGAGCUCGAGGCCGAGUUCGCGACGGCUACGAGAGGGCUUACGGGGGCGCGAAGCGCUAUGGUGGACUUGGCGGGCUUUCUGCAGAACCUGGACACUGCUGACGCGGAUGCAGAGGGCUCGCUCAGAACCGUCGCUACUGCCGUUAGUGGGUUCUGUAGGCUUUUGCUUGCUGUUUUUCCGCACCAGGGGCUUGACAGCGUGCCGCUGAUGCCGCCGGAGUUCUAUCGUGAGUUGGAGGCCAUGCGCCUCGAUACUGUGCAGCGGCGAGACAAUCUGCCGCGUGACCUGCCGGGCACGAGAGAGCAGUUCCUCACUGCCGUCCGCGAGCUCGAGCACGCGAUAAUGCACCACCCGCGGGGCCUGCUGCAGCGGCAGCAAGACCUAGAGCGGGCGCGAAGGGAGCUGCCACAGCGCGCAAACCCCUGGCUGACAGUGCGCGUGCUCCCCACGGCCAUAAACCUGCAGUCGAUGCGCGAAUGGUUUGUCAAUGACCACGCAGACGCCUGGAACCAUGCUGACGACGACGCUCGCGAUCUAGGUACCGCCUUUGGCAAUAUUGCCGCUUGGGUGCUUGAGCAUGACGACGAGCUCCCCACCAAGGACGAGUUCCUUGCCUCAGGUUUCGACAGUUUGACUGUUGAUGAGGUCCCAGAGGAGGACCGUAAAUGCAGCAUCUGCCUCAACGAGUACGACGGCCACGGCGACGACAACGGUGAGACACCCGUCCGCCUCAACGCCUGCGGUCACAUUUUCGGGCUUGAGUGCAUCACGCUCUGGGCCAACGAAGACAUCGCCACCGGCAACAAGUGUCCGACCUGCCGGUCUGUGCUCUUCGAGGGGGAUGAGGAGGAGGAGUGGGCCGAGGAAGGCGCUGACGAUGGUGAACCCGAGGAGGUACGUCUCAAUCGCGUCUCCUACGAUGCGUACGCCAACCCCGCGCGCCUGCAUAAUAACAACCCGCGACCAGUUGUGGGCCAGCGCGACGACCGCGCCUACGAUCUCGGUCCGCGGGCUGAGGAGCUGUCCCGCGAUGAGAUGAGCGACCUCUGGCUCGUCGUGCAGGAUGCUAGAGCGCGCUUGGAGGGACAAGAACGUAACAUGCGACGAGACAUGAGACGAUGGCAAGUGCAAGAAAUCCGUCUCGUACGCAUCAUCCCCCAACUCAUGGAGCAACGGGCCCAACUUCAAGGCCCUCUGACCACCACGCUGCGUGAGCUUGAUGCUUCGGUUGAAGGAGACGACACAGUAAAGACACUUGAAGCCGUGUCGGUCGCUGUUGAAGGGAUUUGUGAGUGGUUCGACGAUGAUGCGCGGCUUGACGAGUAUUCGCAAUUGGUCGACAUCGACUUUCGUGGCUCGAUGCAGGAGAUGCGCUUGGGUCUUGUCCAGAGGCGACAAAGUCUGCCAUAA